AUGGCUCCUUCGACUCUCGACCUGAUGAUUCUUACCUUUAACUGUGCCAAGAACCUGAUCGAUGUCGACGUCUUUGCCCAUCACUUGAAGGAUGCUCUGGGGCGAAAUGGCCCUGAUGAUGGGCAUCUGCCUGAUAUUGUUGUCUUCUCCCUCCAAGAAAUUGCUCCGCUCGGCUACUCCUUCGUAGGCGGAUACUUUCUCAACGCCUACCUUUCCCGAUUCCAAGACGCCCUCAACCUAGCCGCCGUGCGAUAUCACGACGGUGCUACUCCAUCACCAUCAUCAUCGACAUCUCCCAAACCCGACAGCGACGGCAACGGCGAGAGCGGAGACGGGCAGAGAGAGCGCCACCGCCAACCUUACAAGCUCGUGACGGCCCGUAAUGUCGGGUACACUGCCAUCGUCAUGCUGGCACGCGACCCGGCACGCGUGCAGGACCUGCAAGAGGCCGAGGUCAGGUUCGGCACCGCCGACAUGGGCAACAAGGGCGCCGUCGGUCUGCGAUGCCUAUACAACCAAGGCGGCAGCGGAACCGGCAGCGGAACCGGCGCCGGGGACGACGACGGGGACGGGGCCCAGACGGAGCUGACCUUUGUGGCUACCCACCUAGCCGCCAUGGAGUGGAACCUCGCCAGGCGCAACGCCGACUGGGCCGCCAUAAUGCGCGCCUUGACGUUUGCCGAUCCCGAGGCGGCGGUGGCGCGACAGCAGAAGAAGCCGCAGAAACAGCGGAAGCAGCAGGAACGGCAGCAGGAACGGCAGCAGGAGAGACGACAGACGGAGACUUGCGGACUGCUACGGAAUGUCGACGCCGACGCCGACGCCGACGACGACGACGACGACGACGACGACGACGCGGCUCACCGCCGCGAACUGCACAGCCUAUCCAUCUUCAAACCGUCGUCGCACCUCUUCGUGGCGGGCGACCUCAACUACCGCAUCUCGACCACGCCCCCGCCGCCGGGCGCCCCCUUCCCGGACGAGGACCCGGCCUCGGACAAGCACUACAUGCGCUUCCGUCACCUGGACCAGCUGACGCGCGAGAGGGACGCGGGCCGCACCCUGCACGGCAUGUCCGAGGCCGACGUCUCCUUCCCGCCCACGUACAAGUACAAGGUCACCGGCAGGCCCGCCUCCGACGCCGCCGCCGCCGCCCACCGCCGCCGCGAACUCACCUGGCACUUUGCCCCGCACCGCUACCCUGCCUGGACGGAUCGCAUCCUCUACCUGGACACGCCCGGUUCCGGCCACGGUGGCGGCAGCGGCGGCAGCAGCAGCGGCGGCGGCGGAAGCAGCGUCCCCCCCAUCGUCACGCGCGCCUACGAAGCCCUGCCCGUCAUGGAGACGAGCGACCACCGCGCCGUCUUCUGGCGCGCAGACGUCCCCCUCAUCGGUCCGGGCCGCAUGAGGGCCCUCGUCGCCGGGUCGGCGGAGAGCAAGGGUCAGACCGUGCCGGAUCCGCGCUCCCGCCUACCGGUCGAGAUCGACCCGGCGGCAUGGGGUAGGAGGUCCGCCGCCCGCGGCAAGGAGCUCGUCGUCGGCUGGGCCGCGCUGCUGUCGAGCACCUGGGAGGGAGGCCUGGCUUGGACAUCGGUCGCUGCCUUGACAGUGGCUUGGUGGUAUUGGCUUUCCAUGACGGCUGAGCCUCAACAACUUUGA